AAUUCUGUCAAUUGAUCUGCUCGUGGAGAAACGUUAAGUUUAUCUGGGAACAAUUCUUGAUCGAAAAUGGUGCUCCCCAAGGGAAUGAAACACGUGCAGAAAGUUCGGGAAAUGCAGGGACGUCCUGCUCGCGAAUCAAAGCGCCGCGGGGUGUCGACACCCAGAGCAGCUCGCAAGGAAGAACGCUUGCGCUCAGCCCCACGGCGUCGUGUGUCUAGGGCCAGUCGCGUCGAGGAGACUGACUCCGUCCGCAGAGAAGUUCGUUCCCGAUCGCACUCCCGUGCCCCAAAAGAAAAUCAGAACGGCCAGCUGAUCACCCAAGCAAUUCUAGAUCUGAACAAGGUUGCCAGUUUGGAGGAGAUAGUGGCACAGCUAAUGCUGCGCCUCGGCCGCAACACUUGUGCGGCAGAGAUCUAUGAGUCAACAGCCCAGACCCUCAAGAAGGGGGCUGAGUACGGCUUCAUCCAGAUGGAUAAUGGUGGCUACUGUCUUCUGCCUACUCCGAUCACGGAGGCCGAGAAGGAAGUGGACCUGCAGACGCCUUCCUUGAUUGAAACAGUGGAGAAGUCGGUAGCCCUAACCUUCAAGCCCUCGGCUCUCUCCACUCUGAGCUUUGCUGCCCCACCGCCAACCCCACGUACCCCACGUACACCUCGUAAAUAGGGGUGCCAUGACCAUCAGAGAUUUUAUUCCACAUCCAAAAAUUGUAUACUCAGUGAUUAAGAAACAGAUUCAGAUGUAACUUUAGGCCUAAUUAAAAUUGUUGUAGCAGUACAGCCCGUAUUUUGAUGAGCACUCUGAUGAGCCUAAGGA